AUGCAAAUUGAUCGCCAAACGUUGGUAUUUUUCAUAGUGAUGUUCAUCUUCUUGUCAUUACCGAGUUCGGAAGAUGAACCUCACUCGACAAAAGAAAAGGAAGCAUUGGAGAAAUUCGAGAAGUCCCUAACGAGCCAACACCACGAGAUGAUGAAUUCGACUUACGAGUCAGGAUAUGGAAAGGUAGAUGGGUUCCUUCUCUCUUACCAAGAUUCCUUACAAAAUAAGAAUAUAUCGGACUGGCCCUUCCAUCAUUUUGAUAAAGAUAAGUUUCCCUGGGAGGAGGAUGAAAAGUAUUCAAUACUCCCUAAUGUAGUAAGCGAUAGAAUAAAAUCCUUUUGGGGUAUCAAUAGCAGUAAAACAGAUGAGUCUUCUUAUCUACUUAACAUAACUGGAUCGUGCAAAGGAUCCUUUGAAAAAAGACCAUACAAUAAGGAUAUUCGACCUUUAAAUGUCCCACUUCCAGCAUAUUUGCAAGACUAUGCAACUGAGUAUACAGGCUAUCGUAGAGGACGAGACUCGUAUGAUGACGAUGGCAACCCGAAAGACGAUAGAGGCGCAGACGACUCAUCAUCUUAUAUCCCAGAAAAGGUUGGGAAUAUUACGUUCGACACCGGAAAAGUAUCUUUUGCUAUAAACAAUUCUCCGUAUAACUUCAGAGAUCCCAAAUUGAAUAAGGUAAACGUAUCUGAAGAGGAUCGCUUCGAUAACGUGGUGGUGUCAUAUGGUUCUAUGUACAUUAGAGAUGAGGACGAUAUCAAUGAAAACAAAAUCGAUAUGCAAGGACUUUAUUUCCAAGAUACUGGUAGUCUUUUUUUAUCUUCCUUGUCUGCCAAGUUUAUGUCAGCGCUUGCAUUCCCUCAUUUAGUGAUGUACAAGGAUUUAUUUGCGAAUUCCCAAAAGUUAGUUGAUCAAUACUUUUCAUCCAAUAAUUUUAAGAAAUUGUAUUCUGUGGAUAGUUUGUACAAUUUAGUUUCUGAAGCGACUGAUAAAUGUGAGUACGUGGGUUACAUUCAAUUUCAAAAGACAAACUUCACCAAGGAACAGUUGAGAGAGAUUGAUGAUGAACUUCUUUUCCCAUCAGGUAUACCUAUCACUCAUGAUAUCCCAAAACUUGUUGUAGAAGAUUACCUUUUAUAUUCCCCAGAUUGUGGAAUAGUCUUGGAAAAGCCAAAAAACACAGAGUUUCAAGGUGAAAGCGUUGAAGUUUUCAGAAGGGAAGGGAAGUUAAUGCUUAGGGGAUUAUUUGUUUUACUUUUCAUUCAAUUGAUAUUACUUAUAAAAGAGAUUAAGCAAAUCAGAACCCCUGGACAACUUUCAAAUAUCUCGAGUACUACGGUCUCCAUUUUUAGUUUACAAGAUAGUUUGGUUGCUUUAAUCUUUUUAUUGGCAACUACCAUCUUCCAAUCGAGCUACUUAUCAUUUGUAAGUGUUAGUGUUUUGGCCUUUUUCAUGAGUGCAGUAUUUGAAAUGAGAUUUUUGGUCAAUGUGUUAACCAAUCAGCAGAAUGAGAGAGGAAUCUCAUGGUGGGAGAUACUAAGAGGGGGAAGCAGCAAUGAAGAGGGUGCAGGAGGACCAACAAAUAAUACUACGGCCCCUACGGAGACUGAUACCGAAGCCCCUCCUGGUACAAACACACCAGGAAAUCCAAUUGUUCCUCCAGCCGACGUACCUGGUGUACCGGUUACAGGGUUUGUUGAAUCUGAUGAGGCAAGAAUCUCUAAUGGUCUUUUUGCAAGAACAUUUUUCUUCACUAUUUGUACCAUAUUUCUCAUCAUAAGUGCUAUAUCAUGGAGGCAGAGUUAUCGUAGAGUGUUUGAAAUAACAGCAUUUAUGCUCGCCAACUCUUACUGGCUCCCACAGUUCUUAAGGAAUACGCUCAAGAACCGUAGAAGAUCCUUUCUGUGGAACUUCAUCAUAUUCACAUCAAUGAUAAGACUCACGCCAAUAUACUACAUAAACUUUUACAAGUCAAAUUCGUUCAGACAUCGUCAAAACGACUAUUUAGAAGUUAUAUUAGUUACUUCAUGGGUUUCAGUGCAAGUGGGAUUAUUGUAUUUCCAAGAAGCACUUGGUGCUAGAUUCUGGAUAAAUGAUAAAUGGUUACCAAAAGCGUUUGACUACCAUCCAAUUUUAAAUGUGACCGACCUAGAAAGUGGAUUUUCUUCAGAUAUUUUGGCAAAUAUUAGAGAAUUGAGUGAGAGCGAUGGGGAUAGUCAACAGACUGGGAAUGGUGUUGUCACAUGUAAGGUUGGAUGUACCAUUUGCAUGAACGACAUUGACUUACCGGUGAUUGUGGAAGUUGAUCCCAAACUACAAGGAAGCUUGAAUGCUGCAGACAAGAAGAAGGCUCAACAGUACAUGAUAGCACCAUGUCACCAUAUAUUCCAUAAGGAAUGCUUAGAGGAUUGGAUGAAGUACAAGCUACAAUGCCCUAUAUGUAGAAAUCCGUUACCACCGGUAUAA